AUGUCAGUUACUUUGUUCACCUCCCAGACUUCAAUCUGGCCCAACGUCUCCAUCCAUCCGGAAACAACGCAUCUCUCCAACUCAAGUCAUUCCUGCUCAGACUUCAAGUACUUUGCCUACACUGUGACCUACAGCCUUGUGUUUCCCUUUGGCUUCAUCAGCAAUUCUGCCGCCUUGUUCGUCUUCCUCUUCCUGAUCCCUAAGAAGACAGCCAACACAGUUUUCAUGACCAACCUCGCAGUGUCUGAUGUGGGCUUCUCUCUGACUCUGCCGUUUCGACUGGCCUACUAUUUCCAGGGCUGUGAAUGGCUCUACCCUGACUGGUUGUGUCGCUUGUGCGUGUUCUCGUUCUACCUGAACCUGUACACCAGCGUACUGUUCCUGACCGGGCUUAGCGUGCUGCGCUACCUGGCUGUGCUGAAGCCGUUCCGGAAUAAGACGCUGGUGACGGUCCGGCGGGCGAGUCUGAUAUGUCUCGCCAUCUGGGUGUUUGUGGCCGCCCUGUCCUCGCCUUUCCUGAUGACGGGAACGUUGAUUCGGCAGGGCAAGACGCGUUGUUUUGAGCCCGGGAGCAAAAGCUCCUGGAGGCGCAUUCUCUUCCUGAACUACGUGGGACUGACCCUGGGGUUCCUGCUGCCGUUUGUGACCAUCCUGGUCUGCUACGGACGCAUCAUCCGCCGACUGUUGCACAGACACAAGAUGGGAAGUCGUAAACGGAGAAACCGUCAGCGCACUGUGUACCUGAUCAUUGUGGUAUUGAGCACGUUCUUGCUAAGCUUCCUGCCCUAUCACGUGGCCCGAACGGUGCACUUGCAUGCCACGGUGGCCAAUCGGAACUCCCCGUUCACACUUAGGAUGCUGAAGGUUCUGGUGGUUACUCUGUGCCUGGCUGCGUCAAACAGCUGCCUCAAUCCACUGCUCUACUACUUUGCGGGCGAGUCAUUCCGCACCGCGAUCCGAAAGGCAUCUGAGCGGAAGUCGUUUAGUUCCAUAAACCACGGAAGUCUCAUUUUGCCCCUCUAUGAAAGGAACAGGACCAACUCUCAGCUGGUCCCCAGGACCUAUCUGGACCCUCAGCCCCACACAGUCCAACCCUUGUCCCCCAAGGGACAACAUGAACAAGGCACCAGCGGAGCAGUGAAGGGGCCUAAGUGA